AUGGAGAGCAUUCCCCUUAUUUCCUCCACAAAAGUCGAGAGAUGCGUUUAUUCUAUGACCAGUCGCAAAACGUACAAAAGAAGCAUAAACCUCGCGGGCAUCUCUGAUCCCAUUACAGAAGGCAACGGCUGGAUCAAUGUGACGGUAGACGAUGGCGUGCUGCCAUAUAUGCCAGGGCUAGACCCUUCCUUGCCUGAGCAAAAGGCACGCCUGUCCGUCUUCCACCAACUGCAUUGCCUGUACAUUGCCAGAGAUGCCUUCGUCCACGCGCGGGACGGACAUCUGGAAAGGGUCCAUGUGGACCACCUUUCUGACUGCUGGGACUAUCUGCGACAGGGCAUCAUGUGCGCGGGCGACGCGACACUCGAGUGGAAGCAGGCUAACGCGAGUGGCGGCGAAGGUUGGGGAUAUCAGCACAUGUGUAAAGACUACGCGCUGCUAUUCAUGUUUGCCGAGCAGUAUCGCGCCACGGAGGAGCACUCGCUCCAUGGCGAGUAUUGA